AUGGUCAUCACGCUGAAUGACGCAGCUGCGAGGCUGAGGAAAGUCUUCGAGUCGAGACAUCCCGAUGCGUUUGCGAUUUCGGAGACGGACUACGUGGGGCACAAGAUUGUUACACAGAAGAUGAAGAAGAAGGCAGUCAACAUCACGCCGAAGUUGUACCAGGUACUAAAGAAGGACCCAUCCAUGAAAACACCUCAAGAGCACUGGCAGGCACAGCAGAAAGAGCUAGCAGAGACUGCGGAGCGCAUUGCCUGGACACGGAAACACUUCUUGAUGGUCCAAAUCGUUCGAGAUUCCGUUGGAAUCGGCGCGCCAUGCCAAGUGGUUUACGAGAUGAACCCUGGAGAAGAUAUCAGGCUGCAGUAUGAGAGGGGAAGCCACAAGAUUCAUGUGAAGGAUGUGAAGGAAGAUGGCCCUGCGCAUGACGCAGGGCUAACUCCGGGAUCAGAGUUGACUGAGAGCACCAUCGAUUGGUGGCCCAUGGCUUGGUCAAUUUCUCAGUUGCCACUGACGGUCGACCAAUUUGUGAAGGCUUGCCGUGGCCAGUACCCUGUGACCUUCACCUUUCGUGGCAAAACAUUUGACAUGCCCUCCGGGCAAUUUGACUUGGUGCAUCGUUCCGACUUGCACGUGCCUUUGGUCAUCCUCAAAGCUGCUAGCCCCAAGAUGCAGGGAGCCAAGUUCGUUGUGAAUUCCUACAAGUGCAACUUCCACCAACGGACCAACAGCGCACUAUUGGAAUGUCCAACCCUCAACGAUGGCCUUUGCUACUGUGGCGUUGAUGAGCUCUAUGAAGCAGUCAUCGACGAGAUCGAGAAGACCAAAUCCAAGUUCUCAAAACGUGAAAGACGUUGGAUGGAUCACAAAAAGAUGCAGCUCUUGCAGAAGCACAAGGAUAACUUUUUGCUGGUGCCUGUGCCGAAGCCCGGGGCCUCUGGUGCAUCGUUGGGUGGAGCUGGAAGAAUGGCUGGGGCAGCUAGCCUCAUCCCCAAGCCCAGUGAUGCCGAGGUCUCACAACUCUUGCAGAUCUACUUGACCGACCGUGUUUCCAGCCUCAGCACCGAGAAGCAGCGCACCGUGCAGCUGGCAGCUCGGAUCGCCGACGAGAUCGACAAGGAGCGCAGGAGCAAGGCGGAAGCCACUGAUCCCCGAUCUGCUUGGCUUGGCGACCGUUUGAAUGAUGCUUAUUUGGCCAUGCAGGGUGUGACUCACCGCUUGACACCUCACCAGAUGGACCAGAUUCGUCAGCGAAGGCUGUCCACACAGGGCCUGUCGAAUGGCAUGGGCCGAGCAGUGGCUGAAAACGUUGAGUCCCAGGUGGGGAAGCUGCGCCGUUGGUCAAGGAAUUGGCCCCGAUUCUCCGCCGGGCGCUGGGGGCGGUGCGUGUCCCGCCUGGGGACCAAACAAUCCUUGAGAUCUUGGACUCUGCCGUUGAUGCUGUGA